CGGUGAGAGGGCCUGUGUCGCGCUGCGGCGCAUUGAUCUGAGCGGGUGGUGCUGCGGCUCUAUAAAAAAGGCGUGUCUCGCGCGGAGGUCGUGGUUCAAACGCAGUUUUAAACGCUCUGUGAGCUUCCUUCAGACAGAGGAUUAUGCGGAGGUGUGCGCUAGCUUAACAUCUUCCUCCGACUCAACGGGCACACGGAGCACUCCCUCGGUAAUUUGAAUUUGUGAAAAGAUGGACAACAAAGAGUCCAGCAGCUCUGUCCUCACCUGGGAGCAGGUGAGCCGUCUGAAUGAAGUCCUGACCGAGGUUGUUCCUGUUCAUGGACGAGGGAACUUCCCUACCUUAGAGGUCCAGCUGAGCGAUAUAGUGGCCCGGGUUCGCUCCCGCCUGGAGUUCAGCGGCAUCUGGGUGAAGGACAUCCGUCUCAACGGCUCCACAGCCAGCCACGUGUUGGUGCAGGACAUCGGCUGGAGCUACAAGGACCUGGACGUCAUCUUCAGGGUGGACCUGCCGACAGAGGCCGAGUUCAAGCUGGUUAAGGAUGUUGUGCUGAGCAUCCUGUUGGAUUUCCUACCUGAAGGUGUGAACAAAGAGAAAAUCACACCCAUGACUCUCAAAGAGGUUUAUGUCCAGAAGCUGGUGAAGGUGAACACGGAGCAGGACCGCUGGAGCCUCAUCUCGCUUUCCAACAAUAACGGCCGCAACGUAGAGCUGAAGUUUGUAGACUCAAUACGCCGGCAGUUCGAGUUCAGCGUGGACUCCUUUCAGAUUGUGCUGGACUCCAUGCUUUCCCACUAUGAGCAGUCCCAGUUGUCCAUGUCCCAGUCCCAUCACCCCACUGUCCUGGGGGAGAGCAUGUACGGGGACUUCAGCACAGCGCUGCACCACCUCCGUAACAAGCUCAUCGCCACCAAACGGCCCGAGGAGAUCCGUGGCGGUGGCCUGCUUAAGUACUGCAACCUGCUGGUGCGUGCCUUCCAGCCGGCCAGUCAGGAGGAGUUCAAGGCCCUGGAGAGGUACAUGUGUUCACGCUUCUUCAUCGACUUCCCCGACAUCAGUGAGCAGCAGCGUAAGGUGGAAGCCUACCUCCAGAGCCACUUCAUUGGCGAGGACAAGAGCAAGUAUGACUACCUCCAGAUCCUGAGGAAAGUGGUGAACGAGAGCACGGUGUGCCUGAUGGGCCAUGAGAGGCGGCAGACGCUCCAGCUCCUGGCCUCCAUGUCUGUGAGGGUGCUGGCAGAGCAGAGCGCCAUCCCUGAUGCGUCCUGCGUCACCUGCUACUACCAGCCGGCGCCGUACGUCAGAGACCACAACUUCAGCAACUACUAUGUGGCCAAUCAGAACAUUCCAACAUGGCUGCCUUGUAACUGAGGAAACAGCCGAGGGAAGACGGGAAGAUGUGGCUGCUGCUUUUGAGGAAAACCAGAACAAGAAAAAAAAUCGGUUGCAAUAAAUACUGUGAUCGUCUCCAGACACACACCCAGUGUUGCUUUUGAGUUUGGAAUCCUUCCUCAUUCCUUAUUUACAGAGGCGUCCACAUUGAGUAGAGGACAUUUUUAGGUCUUUUUUUUUUUUGUGUUUGGAGUCUCUCUGUGUGCCUUCGUCUCCAUGGAGAUGACUUAAGAGUGCCUUCACCUCUAGGUUUACCCCCCAGACCUUUAAAUAAAAAAGGGAAGUCGAAAAGCUGUAGCUUCAAAUUUGAUUUCCUUCUUGUUUAAAAAAAAAAAAAGAUAAAAAUCUGAAGAAAAAAAACAAAAUGUAGAAGAAAAGGUCUGAUUGGUCUAAUCCUCGGUGUCUAAGGGGGCGCAGUGGCACAUGAAGAGCUGUUAGUUUUAAUUCACUUUGACCGGUGCCAUCAUGAGCCUGAUGGAUGUAAACAAUCCUGGACUUGGUCGUUGUUGUUCUCACUGUGAAUCUCGGAGCAUUCGGCUCCUCUCCUGGUUUAUCCAGUUUUCGGAGCGCUGUUUUCACUCGGGAACUCGUCGGACACCUCUGUGUUUUUGUGGUUUCCUUGCCCACUUUGUACAUUUAUUUUCCCAAAGAGGUAGUGAGAGGCAGUGUGCGAGUCUGAGUGACAGGACGGGUGGACGAGGCCCGUCUGUGGACCACUGGCCGUCUCUUCCCUUAUAAGGAGCAGCACAUGCAGCCGUUGCGGGCUUGACAGCGGCCCUGAAACCAGAUCCUGUUUGUGACGCGGCUCUCAGAAUACGGGCCAUCUAUAAUAAUCUCCUCCCCCCUGGGGAAUUUCAAAGUAGGGAGCUAGAACUGCAUGUGGGUCCUAGCUAACAACUGAGUCAUUUCCUGUCCCCUAUCCGGUGCGUUUGAACCCCUUUUGUGGUCUUGAGAGGACGAACCCCACGUCUCUUUGCAGACUUUGAGUUGUUGACAGAGCAGCCCAUUACCCCGUCUAUUUGUGGAGCAGCCUAUUAUUAGUGUUAAUGUUGCAGCGCGGCAUGGCUAGCUGGCAGCUAACGCUAGGACUGCUCCAGCCUGUCCCCGCUUCUCAUUUUGUCCCCCAGCCGUUGGACAGGAGAUGGCAGGCAGCAGAUAACCUUAUCUGGGUGGAUGAAGACCCUCACCCUUCCCCGUCGAGAGCAGAGGCAGCUUCACAACCAGCAACCCAAACGUGCCUUUUUCUGUUGGAAGGGUUUUUGUUUUAAUUGGGUUUUAAUGGGGAUCAGAGGGAAAAGUUUGGGUAAUUAGUUUCAUUUGUGCUUUUUAAAAUCCUGAGAAGCUUUGCUGCAGGUUUUGACUCUAGCAGCAGGUCUAGUUUGAAAGCAGGAAUCUUUUGGAUUGAGUUUGGAUGUUUUCUUUAUUUUCAGUCCCCAGACUUUCCCCUAGACCCGCCUGGAUGGGUCUGUCGCCGGCGGCCAUAUUUUUCUGAACAUUAGAGCCCCUCCUGGUUCUGUUCUGGAGGAACGCCGAUAAGCUAAUGUGGUUUCCAGGAACAUUUCUGGAGCGUUGGACAGAAGCUCCUCCUCUGACAGCAGCGGGUGCUAUCUGCUGAUCAGAGUGUCCCCUCUCUGUCCCCCCCCCCCCAACGAUAGACCUAUAAAGUCGAGUGAUUGUCGUCGGUGCCAUAUUGACGAUAGGUUUGAGACUUUUUUUCCUCAGCCUAGAGUAAAUUAGUCCCACGCCCACCCCGUGUGUUUACGGUUGCUUUUCCCCAUGGGGGUGGAUGCCUUCCUGAGUACAGGUCAGGUCCAGUCCCCUCCUGUUUGGGUGAGUGGGCGUCUGCGUGGAACUAUGAAACCUUUGUGAGGGACGUCGGGGAGGACAUGAACCGAAGUGUAGUUUUGUUGUCCUCCACCUGUCUUUCUGCUGUGGGUCUGUCUGCCUCCCUGUCUUUGCUCAGACAUUCAUGUUUAUUAUUCAGCCUGGCUUGUCUUACAGCGGCUGAUGGAUGGUCGUCCUGGAGCAGCAGACCUGUGUGUGUGUGUGUGUGGUGACGUGUGUGUGGGGGAAAGUAAGUAAUGUUGCACCUUUUUUUUUUCAUUUGGAAAUGGUGAAAGAAAUGAGAUGUCAGCUUUGUAAUGACGAUUAUGAUUAUGAAUUUCAUUUUUCAGCACUUUUACCUCACUUGAGUUUUUCCUUUUUGGAUGGAAAAUGUACACCAGGAAGUGUGUGUGAAACAAACGAUGAAUAAAGAUUAUUAAGUGCA